AUGUAUAAUUGGUCUACUGGAUUGUGUGAAACCGUCAGAAAUUCACCGGUAGAUGAUGUUUGUUGGAGGUUUUUGAUGUAAAUGCGUGUUUAUAUAUUCUAUUUGAUUAUUGCUCGUUAAAGAAGACUUAAUUUUUUAUUAAGAUGCCGCGGAGUCGCGAUUUUAUUGAUGCGCAUUGGUUCUACAGCAGCGAUGAAGAUUCUGAAAGGUAUAUCGAAAAUGUUGAUAAUGAUAAAUGAUCGUAGAAGCACGGAAUCAGCCGACGGAAAUUUUGAGCCGCCACAUGAACCAGAAUCAACGGAAGAUUACCGCGGGCCGAGCAAUUCAAUAAGUUGCUUUCAAAUGUCAACGUUGGUUGUUUUUUGCUCACUGUUCAAUUGUUCUUUUUUAUAUGUGCCAAACUUUUUGCCCCUUUAUCUAAGUAGUUUUAACUGUUUCCGUGUCGGAAGUCCCAACAUUUUUUAUUGAAAGUUGCCCAACCAUUUGCCUUGACACAACGCGUUUUUCUUCUAUUUUUUCGCAAGUAGCGCUUAUAUCAAUAUGCUUUAGGCGUAUCUUUAUUGUCUUGAAGAGCUUCUAUUAGAUUGAUCAAUACGGUUUCCGUUGGCAGUGAUUUAGACGUGUCAAAUAUUUAUACGGGUCUUUUACGGCCAAAAGUUUUUUUGCUUCCUCGAAUAUCCUGUUACGUAUACAUAUCUUCAGUUUUUUGCUCGUUGUUUUGUUACUUAUGUCUAUCUGUUUCCAUUGAUGAUCCUGAUUGCUUUUUAAUGUUUUCAAUUCCUUUCAAUAAAUUUGGAAACAGUUUCAAACGCAAUGAGAUGAGUUUACUGCGGAUGUGUUAACGAUUCGCAUUCAAUAAGGGUUUCUCUAUUUCCUCCUGGAGCUAUUUCAGAAAUUUUUCCGUGCCCCCCUCUAAAGGGACCCCUAAAAAAAUUCGUAGGGGUCCCUAUAGGGUUUCAUUUAGGGGCCCCUAUAGGGCCCCCUCCAAGGGGCCCUAAUUUACCCCCUAUAGGGCCCCCUAAAACUUAUCCCAGUAAUUUUACACCGCACUGCAGAAAACCAACAGAAGCUGUUCGAUUGAUCGAUUGUACAUAUUCCUUUUAGAGAUAUUUUUCAACGACAACUAGAUACUUUAUAAAAAGCGGUAAGGACGAACUUUUAUCCACUUUAAUUUCACUCGGUUUAGAAACAGUGAAGAGCAUCUCGUUACACCAGAGAAGUUUAAUUAUAUCCAAACGAGCUUAUGAUCAUCUCAAGGCAACGACGAAUGAGUCAUUAGGCGUCUCAUGUCUCCAGCAUGAGUUGUUACCCAUAACCAGACUCCUUCUUAGAUUAGCAACGGUCCCCCUACUUGUGAGUUAUGUUUGUAGAAUAAUAUAUUAUAAUAUAAAGUCUCCGGUAGAGUUUAUGUUUCCAUGGUACAACUCCAUUUUUUUGGAUCUCCAAAAGUCGUAGAGAAACAUAUCACUUUCUGGAUGUGACAAACUGCAGGAAGGACCGCCCUUGGCCGAAUGGGGCCUCUCCUGGGAGUUCCAACCGCCACAAGAUGUUGUCAUCAUUCAAAAACAUCAAAAUUCCCGCUUCCAGACUUGUUUCCAUCCAGCUUUUCACUCUCUCCUUCUGGAGCUUCUUCAUCAUAGUCGUGAUUUUUUAAUAAGAAAAAAAUGAAUGGUAGAAAAAAAUUAUGGAAAGAGUGUUACAGUAUGAAAAGUUUUCUUCUUUUUAAAUUAUGACAUUGAAAUUUUAGAAAAAAAAAAGUUCUUUUGUACUUUUGAGCUAAUCGAUAGCCUGCCGGAAUUUUUUUUCCUUGUUUGAACCAUUGUUUUUAAAUUUUAGGAAAAAAAGGAUUAUUUUUUUUAGACUAAAGAAGCAGGAUCAGUGCACAUUUCGUCCAAAAGACCAUUCAUGGUCUUUUGGACGAAAAACACUUGAGAAAACUUUGGCUUGGAUUUGGUAACAGUUAAGCAUUUUUAAUUCGAAAAUUUCAGAAGGGAUGUUGCUAAUUAUCAUCUUAGGAUCACAAUUUAACUUUUAAACAAAGCUGUUUGUAAAAGAUUUCGCUACUGUGUACUAAAUUAAACGGAUGCCAAAUUUAUGCGACUUCGUGUGUCAGAGGGCAGCUUUAAAUGCGGGAACAAUAGAAAAACGACGGCCAAAAAGAGUUGCAAUGAAUCACUUCCAGGCGAUCGCCAUGCAUUACGUCUAGCAUCUUCCCGAAAAACUUCCCGUCUCAAGUCCAAAACAAACGACGACCAACAUGUGGUCCUUCCUUCUGCGCGUCUUUGUUUUUCUGGUGAGAUUUGUUUUUCUUGAAUAUUGUCGGAUAGUCAUGAUUGCAGUUGGAGUGCUGGCAACUGAGCGGCGAGUACUCAGAGUUGAUGCGAAGCGAAUUGGGCGUUUUCGUCGAGCCGCUGCGCAUCGUCUACGAAAACGCGACGCAUCCGCCGUUGUACAACAUUCGCUGCCGUCUUUCUCUUCACAAGUCAGAUUGGGACCGGUACCUUACGCUUCUGUACUUUCGUGUUCCUUUGUUGCAAUACGAAACUUCGAAAAAGGCAGUCUCGGUGUUCCUCAAAAUAUGGAGCCACAUGUACAUCUCGAUUCGCUCAUCCAUCGACAAAAAAAAAUUGAGAUCUUGGACUUUCAAGUUAGAGCGAAUGUUUUAGGUAUCUACAUAAAUAAAUUUUUAUUCAGUAAGAGCAUUCCAAAAAAAGGAAUCAACUAUUUUUUUUUUUCGCAUGAAACUUUGUUUUCCAUCCUCUUCCUGAAAUUUCUCUGAACUAUUGAAAAAAUUUUUUUCGUAUAGUAAAUGUUUCCCGACUUGAAAGGCGAGGGAGGCGGGGCAGAAUGCGGGACGCGUAGCGUGUGCGUUCGCGGUUCUUGCCACGUGUCCAAUUCAACCGCCAUCUACUCUUUGAAAAGCCCGUUUUUCGCUUUUUUUUUUCAUUACUUUUUCAAUUAUUUAGUGAUUAUGUUCAUGUGUGCAUCAAAAAAUAGUAGAAAACAUUGAAAAAGAGCGGUUGCCGAGCUUUUCAAAUAGUCGGCGACAAUUGAAUUGAACUCGUGCCGAGAACCGCGAACGCACACGCUACGCGUCCCGCCCCUUGCCCCGCCUCCUUCGCCUUUCAAGUCGGGAAACAUUGACUAUAUUAUCCUAUGAAUUUUCGAAAAAAAUUUAACAAGCUUCUGCUAACUUCGUAUCGCUUUUUGUGGCCGCUAAACUGCAAACUUUCCAGUUCAAAAUUAUUCAAACUAUCCACCUUAUUUCUGGGCUUUUUGUUUUCUAUUUUGCAAAUUUUCCAGAGACUCCUGUUCAAAUCCACAACUUCGACUCAAUGACACAGUUUCAUGGUCUACACGAGUUUGCUAUAAAUGGGUCUGCGAUACAAGUUUUUUUUUUGCUUUUCUUCGGAUCAGUUGUCAUUUUCUUUCAGCACAAUACGCUAUGCGAGUCGAAAGUUGUUGGAUAGGCACAAAAAAGAAUCCAGUAUUUUUGAUACGAAACGAUGGGUUUGUUCACGUUUUUUGGAAGCUUAAUAGAAUCUUAGAAAGUUCAAUCUUCUUGAAAUUCUUCUCUUUUUUUUCAAGAAUUGAAAGGACGAUGAAAGAUCGAAAAAUCAUUUUUAUGACAAGAAACAAACGAAGAGAGAGUUGUAUUCUUGAUUUGAAAAUUUACUGAUUUUUACGUGAAAUCAGAGCUUUUUUUUACCUAUAGCUACUCCCGAUCAAAAUCAACUUUCCUCCUCUUUUAGAAAAUAAUAUUUUCUUUUGCAUGCUCUAAAAGAGGUAACCGCGACGAGUUGAGCCAAUCUUAGCGGCAAUUUUGAAUGUUUCAAAUCAUAAAAGAUUGAAUACGAGUCUGAAAGUAAUUUAGUAGAAAAAACACAUUUUUCUUGGAAUCUGACUCGAAAUUUCAACUUCAUUCAGAUGCACGAUUGAGCGAGCGAUUCUGACAUCUCCAGUGUAUUCGUCUUUCACAAGGGCGGCAGCAAUUGGAUGGCUCUCCGUUCGAGAAAAAGGUUUCUUUUUCUUGAAGUUAUUUUUAAUCAUGGAAAGUCAUUAUUUACAGGAAUGCGAUACGUUUCAGUUGGUUGCACGAUUCGUCUAUGUCAUCUAUGCGAUCCAGACUGUCAAGAUUUAACAGUAAGCAUUUCAAGAAUGUGUGGAAUUGGGACUCUAUCCAAAGGUUUAGCGCAACAGGUAGGUUGUUUAGUUCUCUGUUGAUCGAAAAUGGGUAUCGUAGCGAAUACCGUACUACAUGUCUUUGCGAUUUUUCGUGCCGUUUUCAAAGUAAUUUCUGCGAAGUUCGAUUUCUUCUCUGACUCUCCAAAAUUUAGUUAUCUUUUUCUUUCUCUGACGGCUAUUUGAAUCUCACGGAAUCACUUUUAAAAACAGCAUUGACUUCAGGAUAUUCUAAAAAACUAUAACAGCCAGCUGAAAAGAGAUAAAUGUGUUUUCAAUUUUAAACGUUUCCUGGAUAGUAAUGUCACUUUUUGCCGUAUUAUAGAUGAAAUGAACCAAUCAGAGUAGUUUUUCUUCAAGUAAGACAUAAUCAACGCUAUUCGUCUUGAAUUUCUGAAAACUGUCCAUAUCUAGCCCCCAACAACGUGUCGGGACGGCCGAGAGGCAGACUACGUGCAGAUGUGGAACACGUCGAGCCGCGUCAAAAACCUCUGUUUUCCGGAGCCGCCGACGACGUCGCCACCGCCGCUCAGCGACGCCGCUUCGUUUGUUUGUACAUCUCUUCUCUCGUUGUUUUGUCUUAUCAUCUUCUUAUUGUGA